AUGGCAUUCAUCCAAGAUCCCCGUCUACGGCAGCGCUGGAACCAGAUCUCCCACAACGCCGAGGCGGUAACCGAGAAUGCCGCCGCCGGCAUCUGGACCUUCCAGCACCAAUAUAUCACCCCUUGCUUUUCAUCUCUCGCCGACUCCAUCGACAGCUGCACGAGCCUAUGUCUCGGGGACCGUGAAGAGCGUGCCCGACGCGCGCGCGAGCGAGACCGUGGAGCCCACCGGACAAGGGCCGAGUAUAUGUUUGACUUUUACGACGACUGGGACGAUGAUUUUGCUGUGGAUCAAGGGCCCGCCAGCAGUGGCGGUGGAGGGGGAGGGGGAGGAGGGCUUUUCAGCGGCUGGGGCGGCGAGGACUGGGAUCGCUUACUGGCGGGGACAGGAAACGAUCGGAGACACGCGGCCGGUGGCACGGGAGACGUGGUGGAUCAGCCGAGGCGAAAGAGAGGGAUGAGCUAUGGGACAAGAGGAGGACCGAGGAGGAAGCCUUCGCUGCCCGAAGACGAUCCGACUGUCAUUCCGAGGACGGCACCGCUGGGGUUUUUGCGGCUGCCCUUUUUCGGUGGUACACUGAGGUACAAACCUUCGGCGGCGAACUUGCGAGAUCACCCCGGUACGCUUGUGCCUGGACAACAACAACAACAGGGAGGACGCCGGCAAAGAGAUGAGAAUGAGCCGCUGUUGGGGACAAGCUCCGAGGAGGAUGAACAUACUCGGAUCCACGCAGAACACGUCAGGGAAUCGCCGCAGUUGAGGCCGCGCAGUAAUACUGGCGAAUCAGAGGGCACAUCAUCGAGUUCGUAUCGAUCUAGAAACGACAUUUUUCCCAGUGAUGGAGAGGGCGAUGAGGAUGCGGUACCGUUAGACGACGAAUUUGCAGUUGCCCUUGGCCGCGUGGACGACGGAAGCAGCAACAGGACGAGAAGCACCAAGGGGAAACGGCCAGCGAAUGGAGACAGGGAGUCAGGCAUAUCGCGAUCAGUGUCCAGGACUACGAUAGCGUCAACCUAUUCGGCCUACCAUAUCGAUGACACCACUAUUUUCCCAACUUCGAGUUCAGAGGAUGCCCUGCCCACUCCAUCGCUCGAGGAUUUGCAGCGAGAGGAAGAACAGGCCGAGAGGGAAGAGUACGAGGAGAUUGAACGCAAGAGACAGGCCGCGUCUCGCCUGGCCGCACAGCGUGGAUUGCGCAAACAAGAGAAGGCUUCUUCCAAGCCAGAGCCAGGACCGAAGCCGGAACCAGAACCGGAGCUGAAACCAAAGCAAACAGAAGAUAGCCACGGAUUGACUCCCGACGAACCGACACAGCACAUGAACAGAACACAAAGCGAUGACACAAGCGAGAGCCCUGAGGAGGAAGUGAGGGAGACGAAACCCCCAGCUUUUACCGAGGUCAAGAGCAACGACGCUAUUGUGGCCAAGUCGAGCCAUAAUGGAGGCGUGAAGGAGAGCACGACGGCAAAACUAGAAGGGGAUAACACAUCGCUCGAGUUCAUACCGGCAAGGCUGCCUCAUUUUGGAUGA